ACGACAUUUUUACGGAUUUUCGGAAUUUUGAAUCGCCACAUCUGAUUCCUUAUGACGAGUCACGUGGGCUCCCUGCUAUUGUGCUGGCUCUCGCUGGCGGUGGCGAUGUGCGCGUGCGUCCAACUCAACUCCAUCCGAACGGUGCUCGUGCACGAGGUGCCGGGGGAACUGACGUUCCAUCAGUGCAUCAGCGACCUGGAGUGCAGUGAGGGAAGCUACUGCCACGCCCCUUCCAGAGGCCCUGCCCACUCCCGCUGCCAGACCUGCAGACGCAGGAAGAGGCGUUGCCAUCGAGAAGGCAUGUGUUGCCCUGGCAACCGUUGCAGCAACAGCGUGUGCGUCCCUGACGACGACACGAUGACCAGCGAGCAUGCGGUGCCUGAACACUCCGACGUGACGGCCUGGAGGAAGAGAGCCAGAACGGACGCUAGGACAAGUUCCGGUAAAGGUCAAGUGGGCGACCCGUGCCUCGGCACUUCGGAAUGUUCUGAGGGCCUGUGCUGCGCUCGCCACUUCUGGACGCGCAUCUGCAAGUCGGUCCUAUGGGAAGGUCAGGUGUGUUCCCGCCACGGAAGGAAGCGGCAGCGCGGCCUGGAGCUAUUCCAACGCUGUCCCUGCGCACGAGGACUCACCUGCCGCACCGGAGACCACGCCCCUCCGCCCUCAUCUACGCUACUGGCGGCUGCAAAUUCCAAAUUUGGGGCACAAUCCUCCUUUGCCCCGCAGAACAGACUCCACGUAUGCCGCAGGAAGUGACGCUAUGGCUAAGUUCACACAUUUAGCUCAGUGGUAUCUAAACUGGCAGAAUUAUUUUUUCUACUUAAUCCGACAAUCGCUUCAGGUUCCUUUCAAAUGUUUGUUACUGGAAGAAAAAAGUUGACACCUUUCAAGGCAUUGCUAGCAUUAGCUUGCUGGCUAUGUAACCUGUGCUAAUGAGCUAUUGUGAUGUCCACAAUAAACAAGACCCAACUCA